AUGUCUGGCCUCGAGGCUAUCGCAAUCUUGGGAUUCGCCCUCCAGGUCGUCGACACUACCGUCAGGGUCAUUGAUCUGUGGAAGGCGACAAAUGAAGUCGGACAAGAAGUCAUCAUAAUAAAAGCCAGACUCGACAUGAUUCGCGCCCGUCUCAAGACCUGGGCACUCGGAUGGGGGCGAUUGAAGGAGGAGGACCUUAAGAAGACUCCACGAUUCAAUGAAUUCGGAAUUCUGGCUCUGAGAUAUGUCUUGAUAAUCCAGUAUCGGCUCACGGCACUAGAGGAUUUCGACAAAAAGUAUCCCUCGUUGUUUCGAAAUGAUCGUGUUUUAGAGGGUCAACCUCGCUCGGCUGACCGCGGCCUUCAACUCGCUCUUAUUGCUCAAACGGAUAAGCCAAAUGCUAAAGAUCUGGAGUCGCUUCAGAAGGAAGUAGCAUCUAUAAACCAUGCCAACAUAAUUCAGCGGUGGAGGUGGGCGCGGAAGGGAGGAGAGGGUCUGAAGAUGACGGAUCAAAUUGCCGUACUAGUUGGCGAGCUCGAAGAUUUCUUCGUACCCCCGACUAGCGACCAGAUCGGGGCAGUUGACGUUGAUCCGAAACUUCCACUGAUUGAAGAGGAUAAAGCUUUUAAAGUAGUGCAGGGCCUCGCCACCUUCAAGGAAGCCGCAGAAGAGAUGACAAACCGAACGGACACCAUGCACCAGCGAGAGUUACUACGAAGCCAUCGAGGUAUCAAAAACGAAAAGAAACUAGGCAGAACAACUGAACACUCCACGAAGCGCAGUCUUGCCAAUUUCAAGUCUCGCAACAUCAACAUCACACCUGUGAUGAUCGAGUGGAUCACCGUACCAAGCAGUUUAUCUGCUGAAAUGAAGGAGGCUUCCCAGAACCAGAUACACGACCUCGCUUUACUGCUACACUCAGAAAAGAAGCCCCAAGAGUUCAGGACUCUGGAAUGCAUAGCCAUGGUCGAUAUGCCAGUCGCAGAAGAAGAGGACGCGCGAUAUGGUUUGGUCUUCAAACUUGAGGAGGGGCAGCAGGUUUUCACCCUUCUAGAGUUGCUGAGCAGGGAAGGUUCUACGCCUAAAUCUCUCACGGAGCGGCUGAAGCUUGUUAAGCUGCUUUCCAAAACACUACUGUUUCUUCAUUUAGGAUCGUGGCUGCACAAAGGUAUACGGAGCGACAAUGUCCUCUUUCUGAGUAGCGACGUAUCGAGUGUCGAUCUUGGCGCGGCAUACAUCGGUGGUUUCGACUACAGUAGGCUCUUCCGCGAAACUAGACUAACUCAAAAUGUUGGAGACAAUCGAUAUCAGAACCUGUACCGUCACCCAGACCACCAAGGCCUUCCAGUCCAGGAGAAUGGCGAGUCAGCUGACAGACCGCCUUUCUCAUGCAAGGCCGACCUGUACAGUCUUGGUGUUGUACUCGUGGAGAUUGGUUUAUGGUCGCCGAUUAUCAAGCUUUUAGACGCUCGGGGGACUCAAGACGAAGACAAAAGUGUGCGGGAGGCAAUACUUGAUAUGAUUCCUGAAGUCAGAAUGAGGAUGGGUGAUGCCUUUGCCGAUGCAGCGUCAGCGUGCUUGAGGAGUGAGUUUCAAACGGGCGAGCCUGGACAGCCAGAGAGUAUUCGGGAGGCUUUUUAUCAAUCUGUAGUGAGACUGUUGGAGCGUUGCUACCUAUGA